AUGGAAAAGGGUACCCUUUUAGAAUUAGGUCUUUUGCCAAUAAUCACGUCUGCCCUUUUAUGGCAGUUAGCUGCUGGAUUAAAGCUUAUCAGAGUCAAUCUCAGUUUAGCAUCGGAUAGAGAGUUGUUUCAAUCAGCUCAAAAGCUUACUAGUUUAUUCCUUGCUCUUACUUAUGGCCUUGGCCUAAUUUUCAGCGGAUAUUAUGACAAGGUUAUUCGUGGCUACGACCCUUUGCUGGAUGGGGCUCUUCCAUACGGAUCGUAUGCCAUAUUAUUAGCUCAGAUUGUCGGCUGGUCCUUUAUCUUGACUUUGAUGGUUGAAGUCUUUGACAAAGAAUACGCCUUCGGAGGAGGUAUAUUUGGAUUUUUAACACUCCAAGUAGCUACCAGCUUGGUAAGGGACUUGAUAAGUUUUGAAGCAGUACCAUUAGCUAAUUCAAACAAGUCCGAAAUAUAUGGAACUUUGAUCUACUUGAUUAGGGGUUAUAAGAACUUGCCUUCAUCUAUUUUGAAUGUUUUCAAUAGAUUAUAUUUGCCAAAUUUCUAUCAGAUAUACCUUGUGAUAAUUACUGGAGGAUUAGUGAUAUAUUUACAAAACUUUAGAAUUGAAUUACCAAUUAGAUCCAACAAAGUUAGAGGCAUGAAUAACGUGUACCCAAUAAGACUUUUAUACAAUGGGGCAUUACCAGUGCUCUUCAGUUUCACCGUUUUGGCAAACAUCCAAGUUUUUGGUUUCAUUAUUUCCCAAGUCUUUGAAUUACCUUUCAUUGGUACUUGGCAACUCGACGUAUCCUCUAACAACUUGGUUUUAAGCUCUGGAUUAUUAUACUACUUGAAUGCUUAUUCAGCAUCAUUACUCGACGCAUUAUUGUCACCAAUCAAAUCAAUAGUGUGUUUCAUAGUCGUUAUUGCUUCCGCAACUUGGUUCGCUACCGUUUGGAGCAAGAUUUCGGGUGCAGCUCCAAGAGAUAUUUCAAAACAGUUUAAAGAUCAAGGCAUUUCCAUUUUAGGUAAGAGAGAUGCUUCUAUAACUAAGGAGUUAUCUAGAGUCAUUCCAGUUGCAGCAGUCAGUGGUGCUUCUGUGUUAAGCUCGCUUGCAUUUGCCAGUGAAUUGCUUGGUGGGACUGGAAGGGGAGUUGCAGUUACUAUCGGAAUUACAUCUGCAUUCGGUAUCCUAGAGGAGUUUAUGGUCGAAUAUCAGCAAGCAGGAGGUAACUCCCAAUUUACAGGCGCUUUUGGUGGUUAA